AUGGAGCCUCCUCCACCUUACCAUGCUCCUGGGUAUCUUCAAUCGACGAAAUCAUCUUCAAGAAGAGUAUCAACAGCGUCGUCGGCGUCGGUAUCCUCACCGAGACCUAGACCGAGAGCAGGUGAUUUCUUUGGAGGAGUGUCACAGCUCUCUCAACAGGAGCUGGACCGGGAUGCUAUCAAUGCAGGCAGAUCAGUACGAAGACGCUCUCCCAGGACUGACCUUCCCCCUGCCUUAGGUACAACCACCCGGAAACGUACACCCCCUACAAAGGCCCCUACUCCCCCCCACCACCUCCCCCCAGAACCUGUGCCAUGCCCUCUAUGUCCCGAGUUUGCAGGAGAGGAUGUCUUCCAACACAUCCGCAGAAACCACCGAGGCUACCCAUUCCAACAAUCUGAUUUCCCCUCGAAUUCUGUUGUGGUGUGUAAGGACUGUAGGGCAAUCUUGAAGGUAGGUAGGACGGCUCUGACGGUACACAAGAAGAACUGUAAGGGGAAGGAAGAAAGAAGUAGUAGAGAAUUGGCUAGGAGACAGAGCGGUGGAAUAGUGCAGGAUAGUAGAAGAAGGUCAAUUGGAGUCAACCAACAACUCUCACCACCCACCCCUCGCCCUCGCCCUUCACCACCACCACAGCCACCGCAACAACAACAACAACAGCAGCAACAAACACCACCUCGUCUGGCACCCCCACCAUCACCAGCUCUGCCAGCUCUGCCAGCUGCAGCCCCUUUGCCCCAGCCGGAGCACCUUACCCGUGACAUCUCGGAUUUGGACUGGUUCCGGAGAUGA